ACACACAAAAACCCGCCAAGAUGCCACAGGCAGCAACUUGGGUAAAAAACAGGCUUAAAACAUGUCAAAAACAUGUCCGAGGCCCCUAGCAGCUCCCUGACCAUCCACGUGUUGAACACUCUGACCGGCCAGCCCGCAACAGGCCUGGCCACGCACCUGUCCCAGCUCCAAGGCCCCGGGCUGCAGUGGAUGGAGCUGAUGAAGAGCUCUACCAACGCGGAUGGGCACUGCCCGCUCUUCCUGGCUCCUGGGCAGGGGAAGGCUGGCACGUACAAGCUGCACUUCGACACUGGGGCUUACUGGAAGCAGCUGGGCUACACUAGCUUCUACCCCUAUGUGGAGGUUGUCUUCACGGUCACAGAGCAAACCCGGAAGCUGCACAUCCCUCUGCUGGUCAGCCCCUUCUCCUAUACCACCUACAUGGGGAGCUAG